GGCAGUCAUGAAGUCACAGGGGAGGGGGUUCCUCAGUCCGCGGCACUACGUUUCACUGUUUCAAGUCCGUAAAGUGUAUCGAGGACACAGCUCUCGCGAGAGUCAUUGGCGCCGUUGGCUCGUCGGAAAAUCCGUGCCUUACACUUUCUCCAGGGUGCAUCCAGGUUGAAGUUGCUACCGCCAACGUGCCAGCCAUGCUAGAUCACAAGACUGGUGCCCACGAGGUUGUGCAUCUACGACCACAUCCGCUCGUCGCUGCAGCACGGCAGCAGAGAAGUUGCUGAUCCGGUGACUCGACAUAGCACCUGUUCUGUGAUUGGUCGGUCAUACGAGAGCACUACUUUUUUGUCAUGGAAACAGCGUCAACUCCGGAAGGCGCCGGCGAAGGCUCGGGAAAGCAAACCAAUGGGGCAGCUUCCGCGAGCAUGGCUGGCGCAGGCGAUGGAUCCCCCGCAACUGCUCUGUGUUAUCUGGAACGGGCUGAGGUGUACCUUACCCUUGGCGAUUCCAUGGCCGCACUUGCGGAUGCUCUGACAGCGUUCGAGAUGAAAAUGGACUCCCCUCGCGUUUACUUGGUCCUUGGCGAAGCGUACAUGCGGAACAAUGAAAAGGACAAGGCACUUGCUACUUUUCAAGCGGGAUACGAACGGUAUCGCGACUGCGCGAAACUAAAUCAAGCGCUGGAGGCAUGCCAAGCUGCUAUAAUAUCCAAGCGGACAUGGAAAAAAGUCGCGGGAGUAGUGGGUGGGGCAGCGGCCGCCGGACUCAUUGCCGGCCCAGUCAUUGUUGGCGUCGUGAGUCUGGUGGGGUUUACGUCGGCGGGGAUUGCGGCCGGGAGCUAUGCGGCGGGUGCAAUGGCUUCGGCAGCAAUUGCGAACGGGGGUGGCAUUGCUGCUGGAAGCCUCAUCGCGAUCUGUCAGAGCGUAGGUGCCACAGGGGCCGUUGGUGCUGCUACGACGGCAGCAGCGUCUGCUUUCGGCGGAGUAGCGGGGUUCUUUGCCUCCCGACGGUAACGAUUUCGUAGCUGGUCUUCUCUCAUUAAACUCCCAGUUCAUCAAGUUCAUUUCAAAGAGCCCACAGCACACAGGUGGCAUCUUAGCAGCGUCAAAAGUGCUGCCUGCCAUGGCUUUUUCCUCGCGGAAGCUCCAGCGCCUGCCUGCAGCAUACAUGACGCAUCUUGAGGACCGGCAUGGUUGAAUUGGAAUAUUUCUGUCCACGAUAUUUGCUAUUUCGAGAAAUAUGGAGUUUUAAUAUAAUUAUUGUAACUAGCGUACA